UCAAUAUGGCGAGAUCGCAUCACUGAGGCCAUUCUCAAGUUGCAGAAGCGACAAGAGCUCUCGCUGCUCAAACGGAAAUGGUGGACGGAGUACGAGAUCUCGGAGCCCUGCGGCGACAGGUCGGAGUCAAGCAAAGAAGGCGAAUCUCUGGGCGUUGAGCAAGUCGGCGGGGUCUUCAUAAUGUUGUUGUUCGGCUUCGUGUUGGCCUUUAUUGUCUCAACAAUUGAGUUUGUCGUCUACCACAGAGGCAGGCCCAACCGAAAGGUCAGUUAUGCAAAUAUGUGUUUCUCUGCGACCUGUCACAGGCAGGUGUGA